CGCACACCCCCCCCAACAACCUUGUAGGUACAUCCUGUACUGCUUCCCCGUCACGUCCGCCAUCAUCGGAGUGGCCACCAACUUCACCUUUCUCUGCGUCAUUGUGCUCGCCAGCUACCUGCAGUGGAUCUGGGGAGGCUUCUGGCCCCCAGAGCGCUCACCGACUCGGGGAAGCCGACAACAGCUGAGGGAGCAGCCUCUUCGACAGUCCUCGUUGCAAAAUCAGGCGGGCUUGCGUAGACGUGUCAACAUAUCACGCAACAUGCAGCCUUACCAAGUGUACUCCAGCACUCCAAACCGCUCAGCCACUAGCAGCUUAAUUCAAAGCCCCUGGCCAUCAGCAACCCAGCCACCUCAAGCUAAUGAUGCGGAUGAUUUGGACACAUCUAGUCAGCUGUGGAACACUAGUUUACAAUCAGAUCAGGGCUCCAUAAAGUCUGAAAAUCGCUCUAAAGGCACAUUGAUAGAUUCCCGUGGAAGGCCAGAGCAGAGCUCCAUAAAGUCUGAACAAUCUGCAAGAGGCUUGUCGGACAUCUCUGGAAGCUCUAUAAAAUCUGAAUCCUCUGCAAGAGUCAUUUCGAUGGACUCCUCUGGAAGGCCCGAGCGCAGCUCCAUAAGGACUGAACAAUCUGUAAGAGGCACAUUAGUGGACUCCUCUGGAAGGACCGAGCGCAGCUCCCUAAAGUCUGAACAAUCAGUAAAGGAGAAGUCACUGGAUUCCAUUGGGGCUAUGGAACAAAGUUCGGUGCUGUCUUCUGACCAUACCGGAAGAGCUAUGCACGACACCCCAUGCUCCCAGACUCUGAUCAGAGGCUUGCCAGGUUGCAGUAUAGCUGAAGGCACAGUGUUUGGAUAUUCUUAUGAAGAUUCACGCGGCGAUGCAGACGACCCUGAGGCGGACGACCCUGAAUUGGCACAGUCUCCUUAAAGUGGACGCACCACGCCAGGCAGAGGUGCUGCGGAAAAGCUGCUCGGGGGGAGGGGGGGUUGGGAUUCAUUUUUAAUCUAAAAUAAGGGAAGAGGUUAGGAUUGUGAAUUAUAUAUGAGGAAUUGUUCAGUAUGAGAUGGUCUGAAGCGAAGCUGGGAGAAAUACUCAACCUAUACACUGAUCUCUUUCGCAAUGAAUCAUUUUCUACUCAGAAUUAAAGAGAUAUUGUACACCU